AUGACGUGCUGCUGCCUGCCUGUGGCUGACGAGCCCACCUCCCCCAAGAAGGCGAGGAGCAUCCCUGCACACCAGGAGCUGGAGCACUGGUUCUCACCCCCGUCCCCCGAGUGGGCCAUCGUGAGGGUCAUCCCCGAGGAGGAGAUGGCUGAGCACAACCUCCUCGCUGUUCGGGUCAUGGUCACCAGUGAUGCUAGCAGCUCUGACCUGGAGUCUGAUUUCAACGGGGACUCCUCGAACUCGGAGGUGAGCGAAGGCCAGACAUCGCUGCCGGAGCCCCCUGCCUGCUCCAGCCCCAUCCAGAGGUGGGCAUCACUCACCAGGAACCCCGUGGUGCCCCAGGAAAGCUCCAAAACAUCCAAAGUCGCUGAUGUGGCAGACUUCAUUUCAGACCAAGUCAAUGCCAGUGGGAAGGUAAAAGCUGUGUCUUUUGCAGGCUUUCCUCUGCUGUCCAGCAAGAAACCUGGGCUGCACAGGAGGGACAGCUCAGCCAGCUGCCAGAGUGGUGCUGCAGAGGAGCGCUCCCAAACACAGAGCAGCACCACAGGUUCUCCACAAACACCUCUUUGCAAUGAGGCAUUGGCUGCUGACUUUUAUGAGCCUGAAGACACAGACAGUGACACUGGGACAAGCUCAGCCUGGGACUGGAAGGAAAAACCACGGAAAUACACCUCUGAACAAGAGCACUUUAACAGCAAGGCAAAAGAACUGUCAACUCUGUAUUUGAAAGAGAAAGAUGGCAAAAAUACCAGGCACCCAGAACAAAAGCUGGAGCAAGAAUUAAAGGAGGCAAAACAGAAGCAGGGGCUUCAUAAACAGCAGCCCUUGUAUGGCUCAAACAGGACAGACCCAGGUGGGAGCAGUCCAGGGUGUGGAAACAACAGAGCCCCAUGGGCUCUGGAGAAGAAGGAUGAUGGCUGGAGAAAAGAGAUGUUCAAACGCUCCAGCUGUCCUGGGCCUCUCUUAUUUGCAGAUGCUGCUCCACCAGCUCCAUCAGUGGACACAAAGGGUGCUCUGAGUAUUCCAGAUGUGGUUCCCAGGGAGUAUGCAGCCGCCCAGCCAAAAUCCCCACUGAGGCUCAUAGCCAAUGCUAUCAGAAGGUCAAUUUGGGAGCCUCUAACCUCAGCCCCAGAAGGAUUAAAGCAGGACUUGGACAGCAAAGUCAAAGCCUCUUCAGAACAAGCCUUCUUCAGCUUCCCCAGCACUGCUGGGUAUUCCCUAAGCCAAAGGAACAGGAACAACAAUAACACUCAGUCACAGGAUCCUAAAAUAAGAGAGUGGGCAGGAAAAUAUGUAGGAGAUGGGAACCCUAACUCAAAUCGAUCUCAUUCUUCUGUGGGCUCAGAAGGGCUAUCCCUAAGGGGUUACAGGGAGGAGGUGUCUUUCACACCCCACAGACCUUCCAAGACAACCCAUAUACCUCAGAAACCAGCUUGCACUAGGAUGGAGGAAGUCCCAGGACUCCUAGAAAAGUUUACCUUUGAAGACAGUCCUCUAGGGACUCCCAUGGAUGAAAUAUGUAUCCGUAAGAAAAAGUCCACUCUUCUUUCAUCUCCAGAGCCCAAGAACUCCUUCCAUGACAGCCUGGAUGACACUGCACAAAAAGGGUCACUCUUCAAUAGACUGAGAAGCAAAGCUCUUGAAAGGGAACAGAAUUCCUUAGUGUCAUCUCUGUCCGUCAUUAAGCAUCAUUCUCCAGAAAGGUUGUGUCAUCCUUUCAAAGGAUAUGAAUACCUACCUAUCAGAAAACAAGCCAUUGAGUAUUCUACUUCAUCCUCUGAUGAGGAAUUUGAAUCCAAGCCUUCAUUAACACACAAGGCAAAAAGGGCUUUCAGAAAGAGAAGGAAGCUGGAGAAGGAGACAAAGCAGCUGAUUAAACAAGAGGAGCUGAAGAGGCUUCACAAAGCACAGGCAAUCCAGCGCCAGCUGGAAGAACUGGAGGAAAGACAAAGAACUUUGGAGAUUUUUGGUGUCGAACUGGAGAGAGAACUAAGAGGAGAAGCAGAUUCAGGCACAAAGGAUGAAAAUCAGAUGCUAUAUGAAUGGUUUGAGCUGGUCGUGGAGAAGAAUAAAUUAAUGCGUUAUGAGUCUAAGCUCCUGAUUAUAGCCCGAGAGCUAGAAUUGGAGGACCACCAAAGCAGGCUGGAACAAAAGCUGAGAGAGAAAAUGGCCAUUGAUGACAGCCUUAAAGAUGAGAAGGAUCUGAACGAGGAGGCUGAAAUUUUUACUGAGAUGAUGAAAGUGGUUGAAGAAAGGGACAGACUCGUGUGUGCCUUAGAAGAGCAGAGAGUGAAAGAAAGAGCAGAAGACCAGCACCUCGAAAGCCCUAUAUUAUCUACAGGUUAUCAGCUAAGCAGGAUUUAA